AUGACAACCUUAUACAGUAGUCUUAUUGUUGGCUGGCGUUUACAAGGUCGCCACGUCUUAAUAGUCGGGGGGAACCAAGUCGCGGCCAACCGUUUCGAAUUCGCAUUAUCCGCAAAUCCGGCAAAGAUAACGCUUGUCUAUCCAAAACACAAGAUAAACUGCUCGAAGCUUUUAGAAUAUAUAGAAAAGAAUAGUGAUGGCAGCGUUAAUAAUGAUAAGGUUGCUGAAGCUAAUAAUUUAUUAGUAGAAUUCAUUGAUAAAGAAUUCGAAAUUGGGAUGUUAGAUAAUGCUCCCACAAUCGUUGAUUUAAUAUUAUCCGCAACAAACGAUCCACAAUUAUCUCAGACGAUUGCGAUUGCAGCGCGAGAACGACGUAUUCCGAUCAACGUUGCCGAAAUCCCUCAGCUAUGUGAUUUCUUAUUCAUGCCCACCUAUCGUGACAAUUAUUUACAAGUCGCCAUCUCGACUAAUUUGAAAAAUACGAAUAUUGGUGGGAAAAAGAGUGAUCAUGCGUUAGUAGCGCGAAAGAUCAGAGAUCAUGUGAUGAAAAGUAUACCGAAACAAAAGGAUAUUAUUGCCGCGUCCAAUAAUCUCGCUUUAUUAAGAAAGAAUCGGGAUGAUGGUAUUAAUGUGCCAUUCUUAUCAAAGAUUAUCGAUACACUACCAUUGGGGCAACUUGCUCAGCUAUCCGCCGAAGCUAUUGCAGCACUAACAACAGAGGAUUCUGCCUCUGUAGUUUUGAACAAUAUAUUGGAUACUAUCGGCGAUGAGUCGUCUUCAACUUCCUCCUUUAACGAUGAAAAGACAUCUGACGCGACAAUUGUGAAUGAACUUCAAUCAGAGGACAGUUAUACCGAUGAUGAAUGUAAAUUGCUAAUUAGAUCGAAAAUUCAUGAUAGGAUUUUGUCAAUUGAGAGAUCAGGUGGUGAUCAACUUGUUGACGGAAAAGCGGCUUUAGAGUAUGUGGUUUAUGCAUUAAGCACACAUACAUUCGUUUAUCCGAAUGUAAGAGUGGGAUACAUUGGAAGUCUAACUGAAAAUUGGUCCACGAAUAAUAUGCAAAAUAUAUUUGGAAAUGUGGGGAGAGUUGAAAGAAUGCAAACUCGCAUUGGCGCUGCUACCGCAAUUCUAGGCGCUGCCAUGACUUUUACAGAAUCGUCAGCGCUAUCUCCGAAUUGGCAGUUUUCUGCAUUCUCCAACUCGCAAGCAAUUGUAAAUAUGAUCCCGAACCUCUAUACGAUUGCGCUUCAAAAUAUUCCUCUCGUAAUACACGUGGCAGCACAGGGGCACGACCAAGAAAUGAACAAUAUAGAUAACUAUCACGACGUGUUGGAUGCACGUGAAACAGGUGUAUCGAUUAUCAAUUCUUUUUCAGUUCAAGAACUGCAUGAUAUAGCACUAAUAGCACAUUUAGCCUCAUCCUUGACCCAAUCUCCUUUCUUACACAUUUUCGAUGGUAUAAAAACAGCACAUGAAGUAACAAGAGCAAGUCUUUUAUCUUACGAUGAUAUUGCAAAAUUGGCGAAAGAAAUUAAUGCGGAGGCAAAUUCCUUCGAUCAUCAUUUUAAUUCACGUAUCGAUGCAAUUGAAUUAGUGUUUAAUAAAGUUGGGAAACUAUUAGGAAGACAUUAUCGGUUAUUUGAAUAUGUCGGUGCACACGAUGCCGAGUCCGUUUUUGUGGUAUUGGGAGGUGAAACUGGUUACGUGCGAGAGACUGUUAAGCAUCUUUCACAGUAUGGUGGUAAAGUUGGUGCUGUUAUCGUUCGUGUGUAUAGACCAUGGUCAAUUGAUCAUUUCUUGAGCUCUCUACCAAAAACGACAAAACGUAUCGCUGUAUUCGAACACGUCUUAAAUACAAAUAGUGGAGCCGGCAGAAAUAAUUCAACUUUAUUCAAUGAUAUCUCAAAAAUAAAAUUAGCUCUUCAUCAAUUAACCUCCGGCGAAAUUAUAAAUCUCAAUGCUGAUCUAGUCGAUAUUCCGCCCUCACCAAAUAACUUGAAACAUUGUGUAUUUUGGGACGCCGAAUCUCACGGCACUGUACACACAACUGCACAUAUAGCGAACAUUUUCACCGGCAUUCCUCAACUAAAUUUCUCUAGCCUAUCAACUUAUGACGUGUUUAAUAACGGAGGAGUUGUGACUACUCGUUUAAGAUUCGGUUCUGAUCCGAUUUCUGGAACUUAUGAUGAAUUUGGCGCCGAUUAUAUUGCGAUACAUGAUGCUAGCUUAGUCACGAAAUAUAAUAUAUUGCAUGCAGCGAAAGAACACACAGUGGUAUUAUUGAAUUCGGGAUGGGAUGUUGCUGAAUUGGAAACAAAAUUACCUAAUGAUUUCAAAUACGAAGCCGCAAGACGAAACAUUCAACUUUAUUUGAUUGAUGCUAAUAAAAUUGUUCAAGAUAUUGGAUUAUCCUCAUCAUCAACUUCGACUGAUGCUACUAAUAUAGUGUUCCAAACAGCAUUUUUGAGAUUAUAUCGCAAUACAAAAUUAGAUGAAACAUUACAGGAAGCGAUAGCCAAUUAUUACGAAGGUGUGAAUGAAAAAGAAGUAACACGCAUAGUUCGUACUAUCGUAGAACAAACAGAGAAUUCUCUAAUUCGAAUUGACAUUCCAUCAUUAUCAACGAUAUGGUCUCAGCUUGAAAAAUCCGAUCAAAACUUACCAUUGGCAAUAAUCAAUAAUUCAUUUGCACCAAAUAUUGACAAACCAUCUGAACGAGAAACAAAACUAGAAAAUUGGCAUAAAGUUGCCUUAAAUCUGUUAUUCAAAGAAGCUCACAGCCAAGAACAAAAAGUUCGUCCUGAUCUUUCUGAAAAAACUUUUGUCGUGAAAGUGGCAGAGAAUCGAAGAUUGACUCCAUUGACCUAUGAUCGUUAUCUAUUUCAUAUUGAAUUUGACAUUGACGAGAAUGACAAAUUCACAUAUAAUAUCGGGGAAGCACUUGGUGUUUAUGGACAUAAUGACCUGGAUGAAGUUAAUCAAUUUUUGGAAUUUUACGGACUUGAACCGAAUGAUAUUGUUUAUGUGCCGGAUAAGGAUGGAAAUCGAUAUGAAACAAGAACCAUUUUACAGGUGUUCACUCAAGUUUUAGAUAUCUUUGGUCGGCCACCAAAAAGAUUUUAUGAAUCAUUAGCAAAAUAUGCUAAAAAUGAGUCGGAAAAGAAUAAAUUAUUAUGGAUUGCAAGUUCUGAUGGAUUAGAGGAAUUUAAACGACGUGUCGAAGAAACCACCACAUAUGCUGAUAUAUUUUACGAAUUUCAAUCUGCACGGCCACCUGCACAAGAUUUAGUGCAUUUAAUUACACCUAUUAAACCACGGCACUAUUCAAUUGCAUCAUCAAAUAAGGUGCAUCCUAACCAGGUACACUUAUUAAUUGUGACUGUUGAAUGGACAAAGUCCAACGGUAAAAAACGAUACGGACAAUGCACAAGAUACUUAUCGAAACUAAAGGUCGGGGAAAAAGUUGUCGUCUCCAUUAAAUCAUCUGUAAUGAAACUUCCUCCAAUCGACACACAACCCAUAAUAAUGGCUGGUCUUGGUACUGGAAUGGCACCAUUCCGUGCCUUCAUCGAAGAACGUGCAUACCAAAAAUCACAAGGAGUAGAAGUCGGCCCCAUCAUUCUAUACUUCGGUUCAAGAAAUCGGUCAAUGGAAUAUUUGUAUGGCGAGGAGCUGGAGGCGUACCACGCCGAAGGAGUGCUUACACAUCUUCGAUUAGCAUUUUCGCGUGAUCAACCGCAAAAAGUCUAUAUACAACAUAAGAUGCAAGAGGACGCAGUUUUACUACAUGAUUAUUUAUUGAAACAGGAAGGAUGGUUCUAUUUGUGUGGACCGACUUGGCCUGUGCCUGAUGUUCGGGAUGCAAUCACUGAUAGUUUUGUGAAGGCUGGUCAGUUGAGUGCGCGCGAGGCCAAUGAUUGGGUUAAUCGUUUAAAGGAUUUAGAACGAUAUAUUUUAGAGGUUGACUUUGAGAACGUGCUGCGUCAAUUUCAUUAUAAUAACAGAAGAUCAAACGUGGAAAUCAGCAUUGAAGAAUCUCUGAAGAUUCUUGUAGCGAAAUUCAAAGAUUUAUUGCUAUCCUCAGAUGAUGAUAACUCCGAUGCUGUUGAUACAUCAUCAACCACUAAUUAUACUACAUCAAAAGCACAAAUAUUGCAUUUACUUUUGUUUAAAGCAUGGGGAGGACAGCAACAAUGGGAGGGACAAUCUUGUGUUGAUUUAAUAAAAACAAAAGAAAAAGGGUCAUUAGUUUAUUUGGACACGGAUUUAUACCUACGACUUGUUGAACGGUUAAAUUUACAGGGAUAUCUUGUUGAGACUUUAUAUAGCAUCGGAGCACAACCAGCCAUAUCGAUAUCUAAAUACUUUAUUCAACGCCGUCCCGAAUCAAUGUCAUAUUUACACCACCCAAUAUUAUUGAUUUCGAAUGCAAUUUCGAAAAAUCAGCGAAUUUCAGUUCUUGGUUAUCUUGGGGAAUUCUGGGGUAAAUGGUAUUACUUGAUUCCAGUUAAUCAUCGUCUGGAGAUAGUAAGAAGCACAGCACGAUACAUGGAAGAUCAAUUAGAACAAUCAUCACCAGUUUCUCCAUCUCAUAUAUUUUUAAACGAGAAAACGGAAGAGCAGCAGCAACAUUCAAAGACUCUCGAAAAUGUUUACAUCAAUGAAAUGGUGUCUUCACCUUUAUAUUUGUUAUCAAUGGACCAUCAACAGCACAAUACGAUAACAACACGAAUUAAUAGAAGGAUUGAUUUUGACAGUGAGGAUGACUCAGAAAGUAUUCUGCACGAUCUAUUACCAAAAGCCGAAUUUUCACAAGAAAAAGACAAUUCAUCAAUUAUACUUUUGCUUAUGUCUAAUUUUAAUGUUAUAGCCUUCAAAGCCUGGGAUGAAAAUAAAAAUAAUGCUCAGUCGAGCAAUGUUGUAAAAGAAAAUAACAAUGAUAAUACAAGAGAUUGGAUAAAUCCUUUGACUGUGUCCAAAUCUGCAAGAAAAGAAAAGAUUAAAAAGAGAUACGGACAAAUAAAAGCUCCAGAACCUACUUCCACUCCCAAUCCAAAAAAGCAAAAAAAUCAGCAACUAAAACACGAGCUUGCAUUCAUACAAAUUUUCAAUCACAUUUAUAAGCAAGCAUCAGAAGACGAUGGGAUCAAUCCCUCGUUCUCACGAAUACUACAAAAUUCAAUAGACUGCCCUCCACUACCUACAACAUCCACAACAAGAGAAUACACCAAGGAAGAAUUAACAGCGUGUCGUAAUUGGAUAAUUCAGUGUAUUCGUCUUCGGUGGCCGGGAUACGUUUCGUUUUUUGAACUUCUGUUACAAUUUGUUGACUUGAAAAAAGAAUUCCACGCUAUUAUCGAAUUCAAAGAUCUGAUCAUUCAUCACGGACUACAACUUGAACUGUACAAAAGCAUCAAGAAACUAGCAAGAAUCUAUACCACAAACCCUGCAAUGCUGGAAUUGAACAUAAUGACGGAUUCCGUAACAUUAUUUAUGGCGGUAUUCUCGUCGUUAUCUGUCCACGCGAGGCUUAUAUUUCGAGAUCUUGUGUUUAAUGAUAGACCGUUAGAACUUGAAAUAACUGAACCAACAUUCAAUUCAUGGAUUAUCUGGCCUUUUGAAUUCACCAAACGACUCACGAGUGUGUGUAAUCAGAUUAUUUCAGCUAUAGUAAAUGUUUCAAGUAGUAGUAUCGCUACUGGUGAGAUGGAAGAAGAGCUAGGUUUACUAAAUAUAACUAAAAGUAUACAAUCGGGUAUUAUUGAUUCGUUGAUUGAACUAUCGCUCAUUUCUCCAUAUCACGUACUCGAAAAGCUCGUGCAAGAAGCAAUACGAAAUAAAGGCCAAGCACGUGUGAUCUUAAAGAUUUUGCGAAAGCUCGGAAGUUUGUGUUGGCUUCGAAAGGAAAAAUUAGUCGAAUCACCCUCGUCUUUAACGAUUAAAUCACCAUUCACAUCAUCAACACUGAUAAUUAUUGUUGACGUUACUAGUAAUCUUUUAGACCAAUUCCGAGAACAAGAACAAAAGAAUUACUUAGAGUUUGUUUAUUAUGGCGUGUUAUUAACGGAUAAUGGUGAUAAUAAAUCUCCAAUUGAACUGAAAUUAACCGAAAUCGGUGAAUCGGGCAAAAAACUAAUUGAUAUUCGAGAAUAUCUCGUUGAAUGCGUGAUUCCUUUUCUUAAAUCACCGUCGACAUUACCGCUACAGGAAGACGAAACAAUUGAUCCGCUUCAUCAUCGUCAUAAUAUUACUCUCGACUUAUCAAUUGCCAUCCUUCAGAAAUGGUUUCAAUCAAUGACAAUUUCAGCAUCACCACAAACAUCACAAAAACCUUCUUGGCUCCUACACGAAAGACCAUUUCACCUACUCUUGAAACUGGUAUUGUUUUUAAAUCUGAAACGAUAUUGCGCGAAAUACAGGUUGACAAUUAAACAGAUUGAUGAGAUUUAUGGCAUUGUCAAAAGUGUGGUGGAUGUGAUUGUGAGGUUUGGAAUUCGUGAUGAUGAUAAUAUGAUUCGAUUGAAUUCGGAGGAUGCGCAUCAAUUUUAUAAAGAAUACAAGGAUUUAGAUUGGACAAUCAAACUCUUACUACGCCCAUUCAUUCAAUUCUGCAUUGAUGUCUUCGGAUUCGGAUUCGACAAUAAAAACAAUAUUACAUUACCAUCUCCAGUUUCGCUUCCGUCUUCUUUAAUUAGUUUUUGUGAAUUUUCUAAUAAAGAUGAGGAUGUUAAGUAUAUAGCAAUUGGUGAUGAAGAGGAGAAAGAAGAAUCUCAGACAUCUAUGGUUAAGAGAAUAAAACAAAUGACAAUGUUUCUAGAAGCCUGUUGCAUAUCUGACGAGUGGUUGAGCUUGUUUUGCUCGUCACUCAACAAAUCAUCUCACAUACCACGCACAGAGCUACGCGACCUAUUUCUCAGAAUUGGACCAUAUGCAUUCUGUACAGUCCUUUCGACUUGUGUUGAAGAGGAGUCGCAACGACUAUUGACUACUUUUUUGAAGGAGUUAAUCUCGUAUGGAAUGAUGUCCGUUAAUGAGCUGUUAGGAUUGGGGGGCAGUGACAUUAGAAGUCGUAACAUUGGCGGAGAUCAGUCGUUGGAUUUUUUCGAAUCGAAAGUCGUUGAGUCCCUUAAUGUGGCUGAGCGUAUUCAACUGGCUUGCUUGCGAUUUACAACACUCAAUGUGUUGUCGUGUCUAAGUAAGCUCUAUAGUGCCAAAUCAUCGCAAAAAUCGCCAUUACAAGAACAUGGAAUCAGUGACGUUUGGAUAUUACAAAAUAUUAUAAAAGCGAUAAAGACACUUGUCCCCCCAACAUCCAGUCUAAACUAUCUGGCUCUAGCAUUCACAUCAAUCGUCUACGGCCUUGAAAAUCUAGCGAAUGCGUCGUUAUCGAAAUCUGAAGAAAUUUUGUAUAUUUGUUUAUUGGGUGUUGUGGAGAUGGUGGCUGAAAAGUUGCAGCAGGAAAAACAAGAACAAAUACUUAAGAAAGAUGAAUCUGUUAUUAACAACAAUAUAAUGAUCCAAGAGCAAGAACAAAAAGAACAACUACAAAAAUGUCGACAUUCCUUAAUACACGAAGCGAUCUCGAGAGUAAAACAAGAAAAUGGAUGGCGAAACACUGUCAUUGCGGUAGAAAUAAAUCUAGAAAAAAGGUUAAUGCGCACCAUUAAUCACUCAAAUUCUGCUUCUAAUUUACUAUUCUGGUAG